CCUUACGACCGCAUGCGAGAGAAACGAGCGCAAUUGCUCGCUCAUCUCUGUCGACUCUCGGCUGCGACCAAGUGCGUGCGUCGUGUGGUCGAGCUCUGCCGGGCUUAUUCUCGCGCUUCCUCGUCUCUUCUUCUUCUUCUUCUUCUUCUGCGGUUGACUUCCGGAUUCGAGGGUGAGCGAUCGCUGCUGUGGUGCCGAUUUUUUCGCUGCUGAAUUUUUCCUCAGCUGGAGCAUGCAGUAACGAGGAAGCUGCUGCGCUGCUGGCCUUGAGAGAUUCGCGAUUUUUUUUUGGCGAAUUCGGCUAUUUAAAACGAGAGCCGCGAUGGCUGGAGCUGUGCUCCGCUCGUUCAGCUUCUUAGUAAGCCUGUGUUGCGGCAAAGAGUGACGAUCGAUGCCACUGUCGCGCGCCUUUUUUUAUCUACCGGUAUAGUGAACCUGUGAUAUAGUUGUGUUAUAUGUUGAGAAGAGACUUACACCGACGAGCGAAUCAUGUUUACGAGCGUCGCGAGGACGAGCCAGUUGUUCGCUUUGCUUCUGCUGUUCUACAGAGUUGCGGGCCUUGGUCUCCUUCUGGAGGAGGAAAAGGAGCCAAGCUACCUUACCGCAGCCGUCGGCGAGUACGUCGUCUUCAAUUGCGAUCUUGACUUUCCGCACGACAUACCGAUACCCUAUAGACUCCACUGGAAUCGUGAUGGCCGGACGGUCUUCUCGUGGUACGACGGCUCGGUCUCCGCUGGCGACGGCUACGCCGGCCGCAUACACUUGAUCGAGGACGCCCAGGCGAGGGGAUACGGCCAAGGCAGCAUCAAUCUCACCAACAUCAGGGAGAGCGACCAGGGCUGGUACGAGUGCAGGGUCAUCUUUCCCAACAGGACCCCGAGCUCCAGGAACAAUGGCACCUGGUUCCACCUCGCCAUCGACGGUGUGUUGCCGCCGUCGCCCAAUGUUCCAGGCGAGACACUCUUGGCCGUUCCACCCAUCAACAAGACCGUCAUGGAGGGCGACUCCGUGGCCUUCGACUGCGUCGCCAAGAACAACAAGUCGACCGUCGCCUGGUACCGCGAGGGAGUCGAGAUUGACACGCAGCAGGAUCUCCGAGAACGCGUUGUGAUCAGCCCCGACGGUACCCUGACCAUCGACCCGACGCUGAUGGGCGACCUCGGAGAGUACGGUUGCACGGUGACCAACGAGUACGGCGAUACCCAAAGUGCCUCCGCGUACCUGAACGUGCAGUAUAGGGCGAAGGUGAUAUACGCCCCGAAGGAAGUGUACCUGCCUUACGGGAAGCACGCGCUUCUGGACUGCCACUUCCGCGCUAAUCCGCCCCUGACCAACUUGAGAUGGGAGAAGGACGGCUUUCUCUUCGACCCCUACAACGUGCAAGGAGUCUUCUACAGGAGGAACGGCUCGCUCUUCUUCAACAAAGUCGACGAGAGCCACGCUGGCAGCUACAGCUGCACGCCGUACAACGCUCUAGGUACCGAAGGUCCGAGUCCUCCCAUCACGGUUAUAGUUCAGCGACCCCCCGUUUUUACGGUGACACCGCAGCAUCUUUACAUGCGCAAAUUGGGCGAUACUCUGGAAAUACCGUGCGAUGCAAGGGACGGUGACCUCAACCACCGGCCGACUAUAGUUUGGUACAAGGACGGAACACCGCUAUCACCAGACAGGACGAUGAUGAGAGGAGGGAAUUUGACGAUCGAGAGAAUUCAAGAACAAGACAGAGGAAUGUAUCAAUGCGCAGCGAGCAACGAAGCUGCUACGGUCGUAGCAGAUGCAGAGUUAAUGGUCUUAAACGUACCUCCUCGAGCACCUUAUAAUUUGAGUGCCAACAGCACCAAGAAUGCCGUAACCCUUACUUGGGUGCCUGGAUACGUCCGACCGAAAAUGGAAUAUUCGAUAUGGUACAGACCCACGGACACGUCGGAGUGGAGAACGAUGAGGAUAGUGUCGAGAAAAAUUACCGAAGCUACGGUUGCCAACUUAUCGCCUGGCAAGGAAUACGAAUUCAUGGUACUUAGCCAGGACAAACACGGCGAUGGGAUGUUCAGCAAAACUGUGCGAGUUUUCACACAGCCUAACUCUAAUCUACACAACAUCGCAUCGGAAUUCAGAAGUCCAAAAGAAAACGACGAAGUAGGACCACCGCGUAAUGUUCGAGUUCAGUCGACGGCAGAGGGAUACCUCGUCACUUGGGACCCUCCUGAGAACGGAAAGGAGCAAGUGAAAUACUACACCGUUAGAUGGUUCAGAGGACCUUCAGAGCACCUGUAUGGCCGAGCCGUAACCCCUGAUACUUAUUUUCUAGUAAAAACUCUGGAAGAAGAGAGCUACUACACGUUUGAAGUCGUAGCAACAUCCACGUCAGAUGAUCUGAUAGUCAGCGAGCGCGUAACUCUGGAAGUUCCUGCAUAUCGAAGGAAUCGGGCCAUUUCCAUGGGAAUAGUCGCCGGAAUUGGCUUCUUAGCCGCAGCUCUGGGAGCAAUUUGGUGGGCGAAGAAGCGUUUCUGUCAGAAUUCACCGAGUGAGAAGUGAUUCGUCCCGACACCCAAGUCGGCAAUUAUUAUUUAGAGCCUUAAGUUUCAUUAUUGCACACGACGAUUUUCUCUCUAUUUUCGCCAGUAAGUUUGAUUAAGAUGUUAUACUAUGGCAUAAGUAUAAAAAACGUUAUUAAUUUAUAUCUCUUCUUUCGUGCGGAUAUUCAAGUGAAAGAUGCGGAUCGAAUGCAUUGAUAUUAUAUUAUAACGAAAGUUCAUGCUAGAUUAAAGUCUAUGUCCCAUUUAUUAUAUGCUAAGAGAUGCCCGACGCGUUUAUGUCACACUUGUUUUAAUAAAAUAAUCGAACCCUUAUAUGAUCUGUUUGGAAAUAACAAAUGAAAUCACGUGAUCUUUUAAAAUCGAGUUAGAAUUAUUGUAAGCUGCAUUCCUCAAGAUCGAAUGACGAAAUGCCGGCAUUUUCUUGCGGCAAUAAAUGAGCCUAUUUCGCAAGGGCUUCCUAAUCGCUGUAUGAAAAGCCCGACAGUAAACUGGGGGUUGUUUCAGAAAGCGAGUAAGUUGUAGGUACACUAAGCAAAUAGUACAUCCAACUGUACAAAUCGUUGUAAGUUUUUAUGGAAAACUAUUAAAUAUAGAUAAUGAUUUAUAUACACAUUUUAUUCAUAUUAAUAUAACACAAUCAUUUAAUAAAACUGCAACAAUAAAUAAUAGUAACAAAAACUAA